UGCGGGUAGUUAGCGGUAGUGUCGCCGCAAGAGGACAGAAGGAAACGUUGAAGUAGUUGCUGUAAUAAGUUGUCUAGAUAACUAGCUAGUCUAAAUUUUGUAAUCCGUUUAAGAAUACAACAUCAUCCGGAGUCGUCUUGUUUUUUUGUUAGUUUUUCCUACGUUUGCUGUGCUACUUCGAAGACGUGCGGGGAACGUUCAAUUCAGACGAAUGAACAGGCUAGUUAGCCAUCAAGCUAAUUCAGAUAAACUCGGACAGAGAUACUGUUGGCACACUAAAAUGUCUAUUUAGCUUUCUAACAAACUGGAUAGCGACUAGUUUUAAGUAAUUGGCUGUAUGUAUUUUUUUUCGGAAGAGUUUACAACUUUCUUAGGUAGCUUGCGGUAAGCUAGCUAACAACAUAUUUUACGUGCUGGGAAGUUUGGUGUCUGGACUAGCCCUGUGAGCUAGCUGGCUAUCUAGCGGAGGACGUGUCUAAAAUCUAUUUCGUCAUUUAGAUAUUGAUUAAAUAUGUGUCUCACUUCAUGCUGUUAUUGUACAAUGGAAUGGCGAACUAGCUAGUUUAGAUGUAUAGGCUAUUUGUGUAGUUUGCUUUUAUGUUUUUUAAUUAGGUAGCCAAUUGUCUUUUCAGUUUUAAAAGGAAGUAUCAUGCGCGACUCAAGUGUAAAUUUUAGCUUUCUUCAUAAAACAUGCACACUGGUUGUGCUUCUCUGCUUUCUUCAUAUUUCAGUUACUGUAUUUUAUUACGUAAAAUCUCUCGAUUUGCGUGUAACGUUUGUGCAAAAUCAGCAAUCACGUUUACAGAAACAAAGCCAAAUUAAGGUAACGUUGAACAACUCAAUAAAGCAGAAGACCUUGGACACGGUUGAAAAAAAGGCUGAUCCACCAAACGCUCCGGGAGAUAUCAAAGAACUUCAGAAAUGUCCCGAUACAUCGCCGCUCCUCGUGGGCCCGCUGAGGAUCGAGUUCGGGAGCCCCGUCACCUUGGACCUGGUGAAGGAGGAGAACCCUGGUCUCGAGGAAGGGGGCCGCUAUAAGCCCAAGGACUGCGUCGCCCUGCAGAAGGUCGCCAUCAUCAUUCCUUUCCGGAAGCGUGAUGAGCACCUCAAGUACUGGCUGUACUACCUCCACCCCAUCCUGCAGAGGCAGCAGCUGGACUACGGCGUCUACAUCAUCGCCCAGGAUGGAGAGGAGGUGUUCAACCGGGCCAAGCUGCUUAACAUCGGCUACAUGGAGGCCCUGAAGGAGUACGACUACGACUGCUUCGUCUUCAGCGACGUCGACCUGAUCCCCAUGGAUGACCGCAACACCUACAAGUGCUUCAGCCAGCCCAGACACCUGUCCGUGUCCAUGGAUAAAUUUGGCUUCAGAUUGCCGUAUAUCCAGUACUUCGGAGGAGUGUCCUCAAUGAGCAAGGAGCAGUUCCUGAAGAUCAAUGGCUUUCCCAACAACUAUUGGGGCUGGGGAGGAGAGGAUGAUGACAUUUACAACAGGUUGAGCUCCAGAGGCAUGACCAUAUCCCGCCCCAACGGACAGAUCGGGAGGUGCCGGAUGAUCCGUCACGACAGAGACAAGAAGAACGAGCCCAACCCUCAGAGGUUUGACAGAAUCGCCCACACCAGAGAGACGAUGAACCGGGACGGCAUCAACUCGCUAACGUACGAGGUCACACGCGUGGAAAAGGACAAGCUGUACACCAAAAUCACCGUAGACGUGGGCAGGCCAACAUGACCUCCGAGAGGGACAGCAGCGCAAACUCUGGGAAUCUCUGUGGAGUAUUUUUUUAACUAUGGAAGCAGUAGCCAAAUGUGCCUUGACAUAAUUUUGUAAGUGAAUAUGCUUUGGACUUCCUGGACCUUGAAAGUGAAGGACCUGUCGACAAGUCAAUAACUACACCCCCGCCCCGCCCUCAGGCGUUUUUUUUUUUCUUUUUCUUACUGCGUUUGCACAGCCGACAGUGAAUUGCACUGGGGUCAGGAUCGUUUCAUUUUUCUUCUGUUCGAGAGAAGGAACUUCGGGUUUAAUUUCACAUAUGUGGGCAUAAGGAAACAAUUGGUGGGAACUUGAUAUGUGUUUUUAUCUUAUGAUUUUUUUUUUUUUUUUUGGACACACCCAAUGUUGCCUUAGAAGACUCAGCUGCAGAGUGAAGUCAUUGUGAGCCAUACAUCUGAAUAGGAUCUCCCCUCCAGUGAUUGGGAAUCCUAUUUCAGAUUAAGAUGUUCAAAGAAUUUCUUUGUAAAUUGUGUUGUGUCUUGUAUGUGCAUCUCUCUUUUUCAUGUAAUAACUGGAAUGUAGACUUGGGGCUGUGUAUGUUUGGGGUGUGCUUUGGGGGCCCUGCUGAAUUUGAGGAAUGUUGUUGGUCACAUACUGUGCUGACGCGGAGGGAAAGGAAGGGAAGAAGAAGUGAUAAAAAUGUUUAGAAAAGCAGAGCUGGAAGAGAAAAGAGCAGAAGCUGGAGUGAACAAAGCCGAAACACUAUCGGGGAAAUUUGAUCUGCAGCGAAAUGAGAUUUUAGAGUUACCCAUUAACAGAUUUACCUGCGCUUGAGUGGUGGUUUUUUCCUCCCGCAGGGAAGCACCUGGGAGAUCGACCUGGGCCUCCUCCGGGGACACCUCCCCUUGCGUUCCCAGGCUGUCCCGCCUCCUGCUCCCAUUGGUCAUGAGCGAUCGUGGGCCGGCCUUGUUUAUCCCGGCUGGGCCUGGCACCGCGGUGCGUUGCCGGAGCCCAAACACGUUCUGCCGGGUCGCAGUGUUGCGUGUCCCAGGUGAGGGGUGACUCUCCGGACCCAUGCCCCGGGGUUCCACAGGCACAGAACUGCCCCAGGUCAGUUUGGAUUUGGGGAGCAAUUUCCCCUCAUCUCUCAUCAGAGGAUUUUGAGGUGGCCGUUUUAUUUGAGCCAGACAGCAGUGAUGCGGUCGCUUUGAGAUGAGUAGCUCCAGAUGCAGAGAUGGAGAGAGAGAGGCACAGGCCUAGGUCAAACUGAAACUCGUACUUCACCAAAAGUGCUUUCUGAGCUGUUCCACUUACUUUUAUUUUAUUUUUGGGUAUUUCGUCAUGUUUAGUUUUUUUUUUUUUUUUUUUUCCAAAGUUUGAAAUUCUGAACCUACUGCAAUAUUGUUUUGGGGGCCAUGGUGUAUGGAAACAAAAGGAAGACUUGAAAGAAUAUGUCUGCUUGCUAAACUGCUCUGUUUUUUUUCUUGCUAGUUUUCUUUUUCCGCGCUUAGCGGCUGCUUUUGAUGUUGCAGAUCGUCUAAAUUAUGUUGCCUUUAUCUGUUGUAAUGAAGGUCUCUCAGCAGAUGUCCUGAACGUUGGGCGAAAUGCAGAAGCAGGUUUCACUUGCAGUUUGCAGUCACAGCUGGAAAAGGAGAAAAGCCAUUGACUAUUCUAUUAGCGAAGGCCUAACGUUGGUUACCCUGCAAAUGUCCAGAUGUCAGCGAUAACCCCCUCCCCCUGACUGCGUCUCUGAUACAAAGACACGGCAGUGUUUGCUUUCCCCCCCAACGGGGCUCAAAGGAUUUCCUUUCCAGGAAGAUAAAAUGCAUUUGCUUACCUUCGCUUGGUCCCUGGCCUUUUAAAAAGUCGGCGUUUGAUGUACGCUCUAAUUAAUACGUACAGCACUGUGCUGUGUGCUGUGCGUGUGCGAGUGUUUCCAUGUGUGCACCAAACGCUGAUGCAGAAAGCAGGGCCAGCGGCCCAAGUCCUCAGCUGCGUGUGUGAGUGUUUUUCCGCAUGGCUGUUAGCAGUCUGAGUAGUCAAGAAGAACAUUCAGGCCCUUCUUACCAACCCAGACAGAAGGGGCCAUCUGUGUUCGUGUGUGUGUGUGUGUGUGUGUGAGUGAGAGAGAGAGAGAGUAUAAGAGGGUUUAUUGGGGGGUGAUCAUAAAGAGAAGCGCAUGCCUCUGUGUGGUCCGCUUGUUGCACACUGACCUGGCCCAAGAGGAGAGAGCAGCCCCUGAAGCUGAGAGAGGGGAGCUGGGGUGUUGUGUGGACAGAAUGGAGACCCUGCUGAUACUGAAUUCUCACUGGCUCCCUGAAUACAAGACUGAUUUCCUUUAAAAGCCUUCCUCGCUCGCUGUGUCUGUCCGUGCGUUUGGACAACGGCUUCCCGUUCGCAAAGCCGGCAAAGUUUGUCGAGUUCGUUUUAAAAGGGAGUUUAAUAAACGGUGAAGCAGUGAAAUUUCUGAGCUCAGAUGCGAGAGGGCCCGCACUGCCGUGCCAUGUUCAUACCAGCUGGCAGGAUUCCGAGGGGUUGAGGGGUUCUUUUACAGAAACGCGGAUGCUGGUUAGCGGAGGUGGAGGUGCUGCUGUUUUAAUUUGUGCUGCCAUAGUGUACACUGUGCUGUGAUAAAGCGGCACUGUGGCCAUCUUUGGGUGUUCUUUAAGAAAAAUAUUCUGGGUUUCUCUGGGAGAUUUUUUUCCA